CAGGGGCCGGUGUCCCAAGGCCCGAGGUCCCCGGAGGCUGUGUCCUCGCGGCCGCUGCGUGUGGGGGCUCGGGUCUGCAGGCCCUCUCCUUUCCCAGGCAGGGCCCGCCCGCGGCGCCCACUCCAGAGGCAGGUCCAGGCGGGAGGGGCCUCCCGGGAGAAACAGGGCGCGGUCCCAACUGCACAGAGGCUCCGGCGCCACCCUCCUCGCCCUGCUGCUUCCCCCGUCCGUUCGUGUACACACACGCACGCCGACCCCACCCAGGAUCCAAAGCAAGAUUUAAAAGGACGUCUUUGCGUCUUCUACAGCUCCCUAUCAUCAUACAAGGGGGAAUUAGAAGCCGGGGAGAAAAACUUUCCACCGUCCUGCGCGUUUCUGCAGCCCUGUUCCCUGGCCGAGGCAUCUCCAAGGUAGUGAUGGCUCUCCAGAGGACCCGUUCCCUGCUUCUGCUCUUGCUGCUGACCCUGCUGGGGCUGGGGCUGGUGCAGCCCUCCUAUGGCCAGGAUCGCAUGUAUCAACGAUUCCUGCGGCAGCACGUGGACCCUGAGGAGACAGGUGGCAAUGACACCUACUGCAACUUGAUGAUGCAAAGACGGAAGAUGGUGCGUCAGUGCAAGCGCUUCAACACCUUCAUCCACGAAGACAUCUGGAACAUUCGUAGUAUCUGCAGUACCACCAAUAUCCAGUGCAAGAAUGGCAAGAUGAACUGCCAUGAGGGUGUAGUGAAGGUCACAGACUGCAGGGAGACAGGAAGUUCCAGGGCCCCCAACUGCAGAUACCGGGCAUCGGCGAGCACUAGGCAUGUGGUCAUCGCCUGUGAGGGUGACCCGCAGUUGCCUGUGCACUUGGACAGAUAGACACCAGCUUGCGGGGCUUAUGGCUGGUGGUUGGCCUUUAACUUACUCCUUGAAUAGCAGUAAGUAAUGCAUUUGAGCUGCCCCAGGCUCUGUCUCCUCUAUUUCUGACUCUUUUCCUCUUUAUAACCCAUUCUGUUAAGCACAUUGUAUCAAAGAGAAAUGGAAACAUAAACUUACAAUGAGU